CCCCUGACAGAGGCAAGACUAUACCUAGGACUAUACCUAGGACUAUGAUGGUGACGGCCCGUUGGGUGACGCGGCACCGCUUCUACGGAUACUCGAUGAGGGCCCACGGCUAUGCAAUGCGCCGUCGUUGGGUGUUUACGCGCGUCCCCACGGGGGUGGUCUCUACCGGCGCGGCUCGGGCGCUCGACUUCGGAGUGACUCGCGCGCUUUGCCUUGGCGUGAGCAUCCUUGGUGCGCGCGCCUCCAAGAGGGUGGCCUCUACCUACGCGCAUGAUUCCGGCGCGACUCGCGCGCUGGACUCCGGGGUGACUCGCGCGCUUUGCCUUGGCGUGAGCAUCCUUGGUGUUUCCUCGGUGUGGUGAGAUCCGAGUCACAUGCCCAACACUAUUGUUUGCUUUUUUGGUGUAAUGAAAAUAACAAGAGAUUAGGUGAGAGACGAGAGUGACUUAAAAUGGAAAGUCAAAUUUGAGUUGGGUGGGGACUUCUAAGUUGUGAAAUAGUGAUGAAAUGAUCUAUGUAUUAGAAAUGAUCUAUGUAUAAUUAAAUGACAUUCUUGGUGGUUUAGGGUCGUGGACUCGUGUAGCAGGGAAUGAGAGAACCUAGUUGGGAGGAUUAAAUAUACAUUAGCUUAUAUUUCGGUAUUGAUCGGUAUUUCGGUAUAUACUGAUCCCAAUCACGUAAUCCCUAAUACUGAAUAACAAUUGAAAUUCAAUCACAAUCCCAACCCCAAUAAAUAAUACGGGCAUUCAGUAUUACCAAAUAUAGACAAAUUUGGUACGACAUUCGGUAUAUCCAAACUGAAUCGCUAUUUGCCGCCCGCAGUUUUACUAUUUGCCGCCCAUAGUUAGAAAAAAAAAGACGAUUUUGCCCCUAACCCUAUCCCACCCUCAACCCAUCUGCCGCCACCCCCCUUCAACCCUCCUUCCUCCUGCCGUCCUCCCGCCGCCGACGACCCUCCUCCUGCCGGACCUCCCGCCGCCGCCGACUCCUCCCUCCUGCCGAGCCUAGAAGCUGCCGCCGAGCCUAGAAGCUGCCGCCAAAGAGGACGCCACAGCAGCGCCGCCGCAAAUCGAGUCUUCCUCGCUCGCUCUCGUCGCCGCCAACCUCCGAAGCUUGGCGAAGAGCAUUUUUUUUAUUUUUUUUUUUUCAGUCGCCGUCCGACUAGCCGGAGCGGACGCGGUCCGACUAGCCGGAGCGGACGCGGUCCGACUGGCCGGAGCGGACCCCGUCCGACUGGCCGGAGCGGACCCCGUCCGCCCGGUCUGGUCGGACCGAUCUAAUUGGGUUUAUGAUUCGGUUUGAAUGGUUCGGUUUAAAUAAAUAUUUAUUAUAUUUAUUUAAAUAUAAUUGUUAGUAUCUUAAUUAGUUUAAUAUUGAUAGUUGAAUAAUUAGUAUAUAAUUGUUAAUUUGACCACAGUUGGUUGAGGGAAUUAGGGUUUGACUUAAUUAGGGUUUGACCCGAAUUAGGGUUUGACUAAAUUAUAUAUUAUUUGACCACAGUUGGUUGAGGGAAUUAGGGUUUGACUCGAAUUAGGGUUUGACUAAAUUAUAUAUUAUUUGACCAUAGUUGGUUGAGGGAAUUAGGGUUUGACUAAAUUAUAUAUUAUUUUGAUCAUAGUUGUUUGAGGGAAUUAGGGUUUGACUUAGGGUUUGACUUAAUUAGGGUUUGAUCCGAAUUAGGGUUUGACUAAAUUAUAUAUUAUUUUGACCACAGUUGUUUGAGGGAACUAGGGUUUGACUUAAUUAGGGUUUGACCCGAAUCAGGGUUUGACUUAAUUAGGGUUUGACCACAGUUGAAAUAAUCUCACCCAAGAUGACGGAUAACAACAAUAAGAAUCAACUCGACUCAACUAGACCAAUAAUGACAAUAAAGAAGGAAAGCAUCUCAUCCACCUCCUAUACCUUAUACUCCUCUGAAACCCUAAACCCUCAUUCCCCUUGAAUAGCUACCUUCAACCUCGAUCAAUCCAAUCCUACUAGGAAAUUAUUUUAGAGGCAAAAUCAUCUCUUCCUCCACUAACAACAAUAUUUCGUCUCGUGGAAAUAUACGUGAUAGGCUCAAGAAAAUCCUAGUUACCACCCCCAGAGCCCUAAAAACACCUCGAUGAAAGUUUUGGCACUAUUCAUCUCUUUUUGUCGGGAAUGUCCGAUUGAUAAACAAUCGAUUCCAACACAUUUGUAUCCACAUUUUAAGAGAUCGAUGAAAUUUUGAAUAUUUUUUCAUGUCGGUGACUCUAGUAAUUGCUAAAAUAUGUUUUUGCCCGACCUUCCCCGAGCCGCAAAGAGUCCUCUUCGUGCCUCGAUUCCUUGAAAGUUUUAUAAAACAUAAUUUAGGUA